GCAAACAAGCAGAGUGCGGUGAGUAUACCUCGACGGUUCGGAAGAAGAAGAAGAAGAAGAGGCGCAACGAGUAGUAGCGUCGACCGGAAAAGAGAUGGAGGACGUCGUCACGGAGUCGCCGCCGCCCUCGAGGUUCUUCCAGGAAGACCUCGACAACUUCGCCACUCCACCGCCGCCUCUGCCCCCGCCGCUCCUCCUCCUGGACCCCAAACUCGGGCCGGACCACAUCCGCCCUCCCCUCCUCAUCGUCGCCCUCUCCGCCCCCUCCCUCGCCGUCCUUCAUCGGAUCCCUCACAAGAUUCUCAUCGGAACUCUAAUCCUGCCGGAGACCCCCCUCGCCGGGAACUCCCUCGAGCCCUGCCCCCGCGACCGCUCUUGCUACAUCUACGCUGUCGACCAUCGGCCGGCGUCGGCGGUCCUCGUCGCCGUUCAGUUCCCGGUCGCCGCCGAGAGGGCCCGCGCCGUCGCGAAGUCGUUGCUUGGUGCGAUCCAGGCGGAGAGGGUCUUGAUCUUUGGUUCGAUCGGGAGCCAGAACUACAGGGGGCGGUUGGCAGUGGACGAAACCCUAGCUUUUAAACUGGAGACGGUGGAGGAGAGAAGCGGUGGGCAGCCGCUGGUGCAGGGAGUGGAUUACUUGCCGUCGGGAAGUGUGAUGGAUGGCCUCGGGGCGGCAGUUAUCGCAGAGUGCCAGAUGCGGAGGGCAAAGGGGACGCUGGUGGCAACAUGGCCGGCGAAUGGUCGAUCUACUGUGGUGCCGAUCAUUAGGUCAUUGUUGCAGGGCUUGAGCAUCGAUGUCGGUGCGUCUGAUGCUGAUGAUGAGUUUGAUGCUGGAUGGUCGUUUUCUUCUCGAUAUGUGUCAGAUUUGUAUACCUGAUGACGAGGCUGGGGGUUGAUGCGGCUACAAUCAAUAGAUUGCAUGGUGUCAUUGUAGCCUAUUAGAAGAUGGAUCUGGAAGCAUGCUGCAAGUACUAUUGAUUACAUAUAAUCGAAUGUAUUAGUUUUUCUCGACAUCUAAACUUAAGAUUCUUAUACAUAUUUUAAAACUUCGUUUUCUUAAUUUGAGGGAAUUUAUAAGUCGAAACUUCAGUGGUUCUUUUGAAAAAA